AUGGCCGCCGCCGCCGCCGCCGCAGCAGCAGCCCUUUCCUCCCCCAGUCCUCUCCUCCGGCCUCUCCAUGCUUCUCCUCUUCCUAGCCCUUCAUCUUCCUUCUCCUUCUCUUCUUCCUUGUCCCGUCCCAUGUCCGUGUUCCCCAGCCUCCGCCGCCUCGCCGUCCCCCGUCUCCGCCGCAGCCUCUCUUCUCUCGCUGUCGUCGCCGCCGUCCGCCAGGACUCAAUCACCUGGACGCAGGCUCCUCUGACGGUCGUCCACCCGGCCGCCGGCGACGGCACGCUGUUCCACGUCAGCAUCGACGUCUCCGACAGCCCGGACCUCGCGGGAUCCUUCACCGUCCCCGGGCAGUACCUCCAGCUGCGGGUGCCGGAGGCCCCGAAGCCGGCGUUCCUGGCCAUCGCAUCGCCGCCGUCGACCGCUUCAUCGAAGGGGGUGUUCGAAUUUCUCAUCAAGAAAGUGCCGGGCUCUACAGCCGAGCUGCUGUGCGAGAUGCGGAGCGGCGAUGUUGUGGAGCUCAGCGCGGUCAUGGGCAAGGGUUUCGACGUCGAUCAGUUCUCGCCGCCGGAGGCGGUUUCCACCGUGUUCAUCUUCGCCACCGGAUCUGGGAUCAGGUAGGAGAUCGUACUCUUGCUUUCCAAAACUUCAUGGAGCCACUUAAUUCCCAAGUAGUCCUUGAGAAUUAAUCAGAAACAAUGACGGAGUCUAGCGACGACCGAUCGGCUGGAAUAGCUGUGCCAAACUAGAUAAUUUCUUAUUCGAAUACGAAAUGUUAGCCAGCGAUCAAUGGUGCUUCUAAAUUUCAUCACGGAUGUGAAACCUUUUCCCACUGUGGGCUUGAAAUCCUCCAUUACCAUUACCACCGGUAUCUUAAUGACCUCUCUCCCAUCAUUCGUUCAUCUAUUUGUUUUCAUCUUCCUCACUUGUUUAUGCUUCUAAUGUAAUCAGUUCGUGCCUUCUGCCAAGGAGAUGAACGUCAAAAUCGAUUCUAAGGACAAGAUGCAAGGACAAGAGAUUGAAUGAUAACAUUUUAUAAAGCAAUCUUCACUCAUUUAUUGUAUUAUGUAUACAUAUGGUGACAUACAUGGAAAUUUGGGUACAUGGCAUUAAGACCAUAUGCAGUAGGAAUGAAGGGGAAAACGUACCUGUGGAGAUUUUGGAAAUAAAAUUGACCGCCUGUGGUUGAUGGACAGUGACCCUUCUCUUGCUGAGUGACAGCUGUCUGCCCUAUUCUCUUUCAGUGUAUUUCCUCCGAACAUCAGCCAACUGUCUUAAAGAAAGCAUUUGAAAAUUCAAUGAAGGAUGAUACAAGCAGUCACCAUGCAUGAUAUGGCUGAGUCUGCUACUGGGGUUCACGUUGUUUGACCUUUUGUUCAAGCUAUAUGCAGCCUCUGGAUAAGAGAAAACUCUCAUAAAGCUCUUAUUUUAACUAUAGUGUUCAAGAUGAAAUGCUGCAUUCUUAUCUUUGAAAGAAUAUGACUAUCCACCCGCAUUGUGCUAAAGAAACCUUUCAUGUUUGUUAUGUGACUCUGUAUCUCACCUUGACAUGAAUAUAUAUUUUGAGCCAAUUUUGUUAGAAUUUGUGAUGACUUCUCCGCUCAAUAUUGUCCACUCUAACUUUCACUAUCAUGAUCAUCAUCAUCUCCACUAUUAGGCAUAACAAGAAUACACUCUUAAUAAUUAUUCUUUUGAGAAGUUUGAUUAUAUCUCAAGAAGGGCUUUAUAACCGUGCAUAAUGUUUAGGGAUAAAUUCUUAUUGCCGAUCAAAUAUACGAAUAUUCAUGUCUAGCAGUGGAGAGAAGUUUUCUUAAUCAUCAUGCAUUUGUUUUACACAGUUCCCGUCAUUGAAAACCCCUUAACUAUUGUCUGGUCACUUCUUCAUAGUAAGAAGGAACGAUUAGAUAUAUGCAUAAGCAUUAUUUCUUUUCCUUGGGCGGGUAGGUAUGUAUUUCACUAAAAGUAUCGGUUUCCAGGUUAAAUAAUAUACUUCUUCUGCAGAAUUUAGUUUUUAAUGAAUUCCCAAUAUCAAACUUACGUUUCUGAUUUUUUUACGAAAAUUCUUGUCCAGUUUCCCAUUGAGCAAUAUAUCUCAGAAACAAGAUGGUUUCAUUUUAAAAAAUAUUUCUCAAAUCUUGUUCGUUUCUAUUUGAACAGUCCAAUUCGUUCACUCAUCGAAUCGGGCUUCAGUGCUGAUAAAAGAUCAGAUGUGAAGCUCUUUUAUGGUGCAAGGAACCUUCAGAGAAUGGCUUAUCAGGUUUGAAUUUUUUUUCUUUUUCAUGAUUAAAAUGGUGUGUAAACCAUGGUCUGAAUUUUAUUCACAUUUAAUUGUCUUUCCUCCUCCAGGAUAGAUUCAGGGAUUGGGAAUCAUCUGGUGUUAGAAUUGUACCUGUAUUAUCACAGCCAGAUGAUAAAUGGAGUGGUGAGCGGGGCUAUGUGCAGGUUGUCCUUUUGCUCUUUUUGAUAUUUUUACUUCGUAUGCACCUUUUCUUUUUGGUCUCAUCUAAAAUAAUUCUCUUACAGGCAGUUUUCUCCAGAGUCAAACAAAUCCUGAAUCCUUCUUUCACUGGAGCAGUUCUUUGUGGGCAUAAUCAAAUGAUGGAGGUUUGUUCACUCUCAGACUGAACAAGACUUUAUUUUACUAAAUUUUCCCUGGGUUGUUUAUAAUAUUGUGGGCUUUCUCCCUUGGUUUUGGUACCGCAUGGAUCAAUUUAUUUGGCUGUCAUGUGAGGGCAACUUUCAAUGUUAAAAUUAAUAAAUUGCAUCACCAUAGAAAAAGCUCAUUUACAUAAAGUAAAAUUCAGUCUCUUAUCAGAGCACCUGCUUGCUAUCAGAAUAUAAUGGCAUUCACUUGCACGUGCAAAAGAUGCAAGCCUUUCUUUCAUCUGUCUGUGAAGCCUAAAUCAUUUCCACCUUUUUUCUGACGGUUUUCAGAUUCCUACAUUUGGAGGUACUUGCUAAUUUUAGUCCUCUUUCAUGUUGUGGCAGGAUGUUACCUCUGCGCUUGUGGCAGAUGGAGUGUCCAAAGAUAAGAUACUGAAGAAUUUCUGA